UUUUGCAAAUUAAUUCAGUUGCUAUGACUCCGAUUGUCUACACGUACUGAGUGGGAAAAUGGCGACUCUUUUACGCUUACAGCGGAGCAACGGGUCUAUUAUGCAACAAAUAUUCAUUAGAAAUAAAGAUGCAGAGGAGCAGAGAGAUAUUGAAUACAAAGCAGUAGUGAGGGUCCAAGCAUGGUUCCGUGGACAGCGUGUCCGGGCAUAUAUUCUUCAUCUGCAUCGAUGUGCUACUAUAUUACAGAAGGUUUGGAGAGGUUAUCUUGGAAGAAGAGUUUACCGGGCUAUGAUCAAACAACUCAUGUUGGUGAUGAGGAUGAAAUAUUAUAACAAGAUGGCUACCUUAAUACAAAAGAUUUGGAAAGGAUAUUACACAAGGAAAUAUGUAGCGAACUACUUCAGUAGAAAGAGAUAUCUAGAAGGCCUCAUCAUCAAGAAUGAAAUAAUAAGGAAAGAAUUGGAGGAGUACAAAAUGCAGCAAGAUGAAGAAAAAGCACAAAAACUACAAUUAGAGAUCAAAGAAAAGGUGUUUGAAGAAGCCAGGAAGAAUCACUAUCUCCUUAGUACUGAAGUGGUUCCUGGUGUUUACAACUCACCUUUCAAGCCUUACCCAGACGAGAUGGAGUUCAUCUUAAGAAGUGUUAAGCCACGCCCACCCCCUGGUCCAAACCCGAAGAGAGACAAUAGAUCAGGCAAGGUGAUAGCACCAAGCCCUCCUUUACCCCUCACUACCCCCUUGCCACCAAUCGGUCAGAAGCCACAGGGUCCAUUCCGAGAGCCUCUUGAAGUCCAGAAGCAGAGACACAAGCCCUUGCAACCAACCUUGAGGGUUUCCACCGACUACACCUCAGUAGAGGAGGCUAGAGCAGCAAUGAGAGCUCAGGAAUGGGUCAUGAGAGUUAAUGACAACAUUUUUGUACCUUUUACAAGGAGAGAUCGAGAUUAUGAGCCCUUGCUUCACACCACAUCCAAAUAUGGCCACUUACCAUAUGGGUCACAUUACUACAGAGAAUCGGAUCAGUCAAAGCAUAUCACUGCUGAGAUGUUUCAACCGGUUGUUUCUCCAAUCCCUGUCUUCGAUAAAUUAAACGACACAUACUCAAAAGGAACAGAAACUGUUCCAUGAAGAGGUGCUGCUUAACUGAUUCUUACGAUGUCCUAUAUGUAAAUGUCUUGCAAUAUUAUCUCCUAUAUUCCUUCAUUUGAAAAUAAUCAAAUAUAUGAUGAGUCAUUUGGAUUGUAAAUUUCUGUACAAAAAUGUAAAUGAAACUGUAAUAUACCUAACUGUACAAAUCUGUAUGAUAUGUUAAUGUAGAUAUCCUAUAAAUGUAAAUAUACAGUACUUAUAUCUGUAAAUGAUUUUAUACUUCAUUGAUGUUUUGGAAAAUGAUAAUGUGUUAAUUCACUUUAUUCCAUUAUAAAAAAAAUUUGAAGAUUAAUAUAGGCACUUUCUCUUCCCAUGCUUUAUCAGCAUAUGAUGUAGUGAAAUAUCAUAAGUGUAAAAAACCCAUAUUUUUUAAUUACAUAUACUUGUAUAAUUUGUCAAUUAUUUAUGACAAAUCUUGAAGCAAUAAAAAAUGAUAUAGCAUCAAUUUCCUGAAUUUUUCCAAAUUUCAAACAUAAAGAGGCACCCACAGCAAUCUGUGUUUCAUGUUUUACCAGCUUCUUAUCCUCUGUACCAGGAUUGAAGUAAAAUGCAUUUGAAGUGCUCUUACUGCCAUGUGCAUAUCACUGAUUUUUUUUUACAUAUCUCGAAAAUGCUGUAUCCUCAUUGGAAAUUAUAUGGUCAUUGUAUGACCAGGUACUUCAUCAAUUUUUCAUUUAAAAGUUAUUCAAUUAAUCAGAUGAUCAUGGAGAGUUAAUGGUUCAUGGUUUCUAGGACCCUAUACCUCUAGUCUGCAGGCACAGACCCUGAUUGAAACUAAUGAACAAGAAGUAGGUAUAUCACAUGGUACAUUACAUGAAUGGGUUGCUAGGAUGGUUAACACAAAGAUUAAACAUGUUUAAUUAUUAUUAUGUUUCAUCCAUAAUAUGCAAUGAUGCAUGUGUGUAUGGACAAUAUCAGGCAUUUAGCAUUUUUACUGCAAUCAAACUGUUUUCAUGAAAGGGAAACCAGCUAUUAAUAUGAUGUGCUGUUUUCUUAUCUCACAUGAACAUGAUUAGAUACAUGAAUGUUUACCAUGAGUAAACAGGAAGCUACUUAUUGAAUUUCAAUCACCAUGCAUGGUAUUCUCAUAAUCAAACCUAGUUAAACUCCAUACUAAAAAAUUAAAAUGCUAGGAGGAAAAGAAGAUGUUCCAAAGAACUACUGUAAAUCCACUGUACAGUAUAUUAAGAUUAUAAUUUUCUUAUCAUGUCACAAUAAAAAUAAUUAUGUGAAUAAAAUAUUUCACUACAGGAUUUCACAACAGGAUUAACACAGUUGUACCUGGUGAAUCAUUCAGACUCCAUAAAGUGUGUUAACCUAAAUUUAGCUUAAUCUGGGGAGCAUUUCAUCAACAUUUUUCAUCUGAAAAGUCAGAUUCGACUACUUUCCUUGAUUUUGAUUGACUGAGAAGCACUGUUACUAUGGCAACUGUCAAAUAAAACAGGACUUGUCGGAUAAAACGUCUGACAAGUACUUUCAUUAAAUUCUCCCCAUGCAGUGUUACAAGAUGAUUCUAGUUCAUUUAAAGAUGUCUACCCUUUCUUGUAUUGCAAUGAGCAUCACUGUGUUGUAAAGAAUUUUAUUAUAUACAAAUUCAGAUCACAAGCUGAUUUUCCAACCUUUUCAUAUAUUUUUUUUGUCUUGAUAAUCUGCUAGAGUGGUCAUUUUUUAUUUAGACACAAUUCCAUGCAUGGUACAGAAAAGUAAUGAAAAAGGGAACAAUUCAUGUUUCACACAUGUGCUACUAUAUUUAUGUUCCUGCACAUGACUGCUCACACUAUUUCCUUAACAAUUACUAAAACAAAAUUCUUGGCUUAUUUUCCGAUUUUUUUUUGAAUAAUUAUCACUGAAUUGCACCACCCCCUCCCCUUGAUAUUUGACUACAAAUGUAUGCCUUUGUAAAGUACGAGUCAGUCAACAGACAAAAAUUAUUGUCUUUUGGCACAACACAUUCAUUCUAGCCCUCCACGUGAUGCAAACUGGAUCAAGAUUCAUUUUUCCCAAUUCCAUUUCUGACUUGCUGAUUAUUAUUGUAUAUGAUUUUAUGAAUAAAAUAAUGUAUGAUACAGCUUA